GAGAGAGAGAGUCCCCGCUUUUUUUCAUCCAUUCCAGUUCCUUGUCAGUCAUUUGAAAUUUCUUUGUCGUUGCAGAGUUGAAAACCUCACACUUUCUCUCUCUUCAUUUCCGCUUUCUCUCUCUUCAUUUCUUGGUAUUCUAAAGUUCCAUCUACCGCCAUUAAAACCUUUACCGUUGCAUGUGCCAAAAAUCAGCAACGUGCAAAACUCCAUUGACUAUCUCUCUACCUCUCUCUAGAAUACGUGGCUCCUGGUUGAAACAUUUUCAGCGUAGGAAGCAUCUAUGCGAUUGCGUAAAUCUAGGGUUUUCUUAUUCCAUGGAUUGAAUCCUCUUGUGUCGUGGCUCUCAUUGUUACUCACCUGUUGGCUUGUUAGGGUUUUUGGAAGGAAUUAGGGUUCUCUGUUGAGUCUGGGUUCCUGAGGAGUUGGUACUUUGAAGUUCGAGAGAGAUGGACCAUCAGAUGGGUUUGAAGAGAGAGGAGACCGGUGUUGAUGCUUCCAAAGAGCUCCCUCCUUGUUGUUUGAAGGCGAUGGCUGCUCUUCCAGAGUCCGAAUCGAAGUGCAUCAAUACCGUUGUCACUGGAUGGUUCUCAGAACCACAGUCAUUUUCUGGAGAGUCAUGCAAAUAUUUCAAUAAUCCCAUGUGGCCAGGAGAAGCUCAUUCUUUGAAGGUUGAAAAGAUUCUCUUCAAGGGGAAGUCAGACUACCAAGAGAUCCUGGUUUUUGAGUCAACAUCGUAUGGAAAAGUUCUUGUUCUUGAUGGUAUUGUGCAGUUAACCGAAAAAGAUGAGUGUGCUUAUCAAGAGAUGAUUGCUCAUCUUCCGCUUUGUUCCCUUCCUUCCCCUAAAAAUGUUCUGGUUGUAGGAGGUGGUGAUGGCGGGGUCCUUAGAGAAAUAUCUCGACAUAGCUCUGUAGAGCGAAUUGAUAUUUGUGAAAUAGAUAAAAUGGUUAUUGAUGUCUGUGAAAAGUACUUCCCAUAUUUGUCUCUUGGAUUUGAAGAUCCACGUGUCUCACUUCAUGUGGGCGAUGCUGCUAAAUUCCUGCGAGAAGCAUCUGAAGGGAUGUAUGAUGCAAUUAUCGUGGAUUCAUCAGAUCCAAUAGGUCCUGCUCAAGAACUGGUGGAAAGACCAUUUUUUGAGACAAUAGCAAGAGCAUUAAGGCCAGGAGGUGUGCUUUGUACUAUGGCAGAAAGUAUGUGGCUUCAUACGCACCUUAUUCAAGAUAUGCUGUCAAUUUGUCGGGCAACCUUCAAGGGAUCUGUCCACUAUGCCUGGACAAGUGUCCCUACAUAUCCGAGUGGUUCGAUUGGGUUUAUGAUCUGCUCAACCGACGGCCCACCUGUUGAUUUCUUGAAUCCGGUAAAUCCUAUUGAGAAGCAGGAUGCUAGAAAAUCUCAAAGGGAGCUCAAAUUCUACAAUACAGAGAUGCACAAGGCAGCAUUUGCAUUGCCAUCCUUUGCCAAGAAGGAGCUGAACAAAUUUCUUACCCCUCAAACAGUGAAGGUAAUAUGAGUUGGAGCGUCUUCUGACAUUUCUACUCGUAAUUGCUUGAUAGAAUGGAGUGCUAGGGUUGUCCAAUGACAAUAUGAGUUUGACUGUUUCUUGUGACAUUUUCUACUUUUUUUCUUCAUUUCCUAAUAACGGCAAUGGAUACUCCUUUCCACUAAAUGUAUUAUGAGGGAUUUGAAAUAUGUGGUUUAUUUAUAGAAGAAAAUGAUUUGAUAGGGCUUUAUCCCUAUCAAAAUAA